AUGGCAACUAUCCCCACGGCAGUCUUCCCCGACGAGCGGGGACGCUUCGGCGACUACGGCGGCAAGUUCAUUCCCGAGACCCUGAUGGCGGCGGUUGCCGAGCUGGAAGAGGCUUACAACACCGUAAAGGCUGACGAGGACUUCCAGGCACGCCUCGUCGACCUGCUUAGUUCCUAUGUCGGCCGCCCCACCCCCCUCUACUUCGCCGAAAAUCUGACGCGCCACCUGGGCGGGGCCAAGAUCUAUCUCAAACGCGAGGACCUCGCUCACACCGGCGCCCACAAGAUCAACAAUGCCCUCGGACAGGCACUCUUGGCCCAGCACAUGGGCAAGCGGCGCAUCAUCGCCGAGACCGGCGCUGGCCAGCACGGCGUCGCCGCGGCCACCGCCUGCGCCAUGCUGGGGCUGCAGUGCAUCGUCUACAUGGGCGAGGAAGACAUCCGCCGACAGUCCCUCAAUGUGUUCCGAAUGCGCCUGCUGGAGGCCGAGGUUAUCAGCGUCGAGUCGGGGACCCGGACGCUGAAGGACGCCAUCAACGAGGCCAUCCGCGACUGGGUCACCAACGUGGAAACCACCCACUACCUCAUCGGCAGCGUGGUGGGCCCGCACCCCUACCCGGUGAUGGUGCGAGACUUCCAGUGCGUCAUCGGCCGGGAGGCCCGGGCGCAGAUCCUGCAGGCCGAAGGUCGCCUGCCCGACUAUGUGAUGGCCUGCGUCGGAGGCGGAAGCAACGCCAUUGGCACCUUCCACCCCUUUGUGCCCGACGAGGAUGUCCGGCUGGUGGGGCUGGAGGCCGGGGGCCGGGGCCUGGACAGCGGCGAGCACUCGGCCACCCUCACCGCCGGGCGGCCCGGGGUCCUGCACGGCUCAAUGACCUAUCUGCUGCAGGACGAGGACGGACAGGUCAGCCCGGCCCACAGCAUUUCGGCGGGGCUGGACUAUCCCGGCGUGGGCCCGGAGCAUAGCUACCUCAAGGACUCAGGCCGCGCCGAAUACAGUGAGGUCACCGACCCGCAGGCCCUGGAGGCCUUCCACCUCCUCUGCCGCACCGAGGGCAUCAUCCCGGCGCUGGAGUCGGCCCACGCCAUCUAUGGCGCCGCAGACCUGGCCCCAAAGCUUCCCCAAGACAGCAUCAUACUCGUUUGCCUCAGCGGCCGCGGUGACAAGGACAUUGGAAUAGUAGCCGAAGCUGAAAACAUCGACCUUUAG